CCCUCCUCAGAAGAUGCUCUCACCCCCUCCUCAGGUAUAACCCCGUCUGCCUCCGGUGGUUCCUCUCGUCCCUUCAUCCCCGUCACUGAUGACCCCGGAGCCGCUAGCAUCAUCGCUGAAACCAUGACUAAGACCAAAGAGGACUCGGAGAGCCAUAGUAAGGUUGUGGGUCCGGAGCCUCAGUACCUGGAUGAGUUCACCAGUCUGCUCGUUCCCGAUGAUACCCGUGUGAUGGUGGACCUGCUGAAGCUGGCGGUGUCCUGCCGCUCCGGAGAGAAAGGGAAGGAGGUGCUGUCCGCCGUGCUGUCAGGCAUGGGAACAGCUUACCCUCAGGUGGCGGACAUGCUGCUGGAGUUGUGUGUCACAGAGUUGGAGGACGUGGCGACGGACUCUCAGAGCGGCCGUCUGUCCUCUCAGCCCGUCGUGGUGGAGAGCAUCCACCCGUACACCGACGACACCUCCACCAGCGGCACCGUGAAGAUCCCAGGUGCCGAGGGUCUGAGGAUAGAGUUCGACCGCCAAUGUUCGACGGAGCGACGCCACGACCCGCUGACCAUCAUGGACGGAGCCAACAGGAUCGUAUCCGUCCGAUCAGGGCGGGAGUGGUCCGACUGGUCCAGUGAGUUGAGGAUCCCGGGGGAUGAACUCAAAUGGAAGUUCACCAGCGAUGGCUCAGUUAACGGAUGGGGAUGGCGCUUCACUGUGUAUCCCAUCAUGCCUGCUGCUGGUCCCAAAGACCUCCUCUCAGACCGCUGCAUCCUGUCCUGCCCCUCCAUGGAUCUGGUCACAUGUCUGCUGGACUUCAGGCUCAACUUCGCCUCCAACCGGAGCAUCGUGCCGCGCCUCGCCGCCUCCCUGGCUGCCUGCGCUCAGCUCAGUGCACUAGCUGCCGGCCACAGGAUGUGGGCUCUGCAGAGACUGAGGAAGCUUCUGACCACAGAGUACGGUCAGUCCAUCAACAUCAACCGGCUGCUGGGAUACAGCGAGGGCGAGGCGCGCUCUAUGAGUUUCACAGGCAGUGCGCUGGCCGCCUUAGUGAAGGGGCUUCCAGAGGCUCUGCAAAGGCAGUACGAGUACGAGGACCCCAUCGUCAGGGGAGGAAAGCAGCUGCUUCACAGUCCAUUUUUCAAGGUGUUGGUUGCUCUUGCCUGCGACCUGGAGCUGGACACGUUGCCCUGCUGCGCUGAGACCCAUAAGUGGGCCUGGUUCCGCCGGUACUGCACCGCCUCCAGAGUGGCUGUGGCUCUGGACAAGAGGACGUCUCAGCCCAGAGCCUUCCUGGAUGAA